UGACUGCAGGAAGAUGGCAGCGCCUAACCAUAUAUGAGGAGUUAAGAUAACUUGUAAAUAGACCCUGUUCUCUGGUAUCUGGGAGAGCAGGUACACAAUAGAGCAAAACUAGUGAGUUAUUGUCUUAUAGUGGAUAUUGAUCCCUGUGAUGGAAAAUGGGCUCCUUACAGUAAUUGGGAUUAUAAAUGCUAAUUAGAAAUGGAAACAGACAGCAAUAAAAUGGAUCUCUGUAUUCUUCUGGCUCCUGGACUGGUUUUGCAAGAAGGAACUGAAAGACCGGUGAAGGUUUCAGUGAGCAGACAUAAAAAUCUGACUUUUUGUAGUCUGCUCCCUGACGGUACACUUCAUCUCACCACGCUACCAGCAGGAAAAGAGAAUUGUUAUCAUACCCAAGUGGAUGGAUCUAUCUCUCAGUUCUUGUGGGGUGAUUCUGAUGGCAAUGAAGAUACUUCAGAGAAAAGCCAAAAUCUUCUUGUCCUUCAUGAGAAUAAGGAUAUCUCUGUACACAAGGUGAAAACUGCCGGUGAAAUUUUAGAAGUGACCCCAGUCUGCCACUUUGAUGAAGACUCUUUGAUGCAUCUCUGUGCCGAUAACCAUGUCUGUGUCUCAUCUGAGCUGUCCGUUAGGCUCAUUGCUCUGCACUGUGAUCAAAUACUCCUGCUGCUCAAUAAUUGUGUUCUGCUGCAGCUCUGUUGGGCUGGAGAAGGUCUGAGCCCACAGUUACUCUCCUGCUUCUCUCUAGACCUGGACCCAGAAGCUGCUGAUCGGAUAUCAGAUGUGUGCCUAAGCAGUGAAGUUUUAUUCCUGCUGGACACCUCCGGCUUUGUAUAUGUUUAUGAUGCCCUGGAUGGCUCACAUGUAGCUGAAAUAGAGAUUCCUCUUAGGCGUGAGCCUAGUUCAUUUGACCCAUUAAUAAACAUACGUGUUUCUCCAGGCUUGGGUAUACUUUUGGUUUCUUCUGGGAAUGGCUGGGUUCUUCCUGUGCGUCUGAACAGAGACUUCAGGUGGAACUCAGAACACCAUGCAUGCCUUACAGACGAUAACGAAGAGGAUGAGCUCAGCAGCUGUGAUGUGAGAAGACCCGAACAUGCCUUACGGACAGACAGGUCAUGGGAAGCCACUUUGUCUUCACUUUGCAAACAAUCCAGAUAUGUAGAAGACUUCCUCUUGUAUCCCCAAGCUUUGCUCCCUUGUAGUAAUUCCUCACAAAUACCGCCCAGUUGGACUCCUGUUGGGGAAGGUUGGCUGCUUAUUUUACCAGAAGGGGCAGAGGAUCCAGUGAGUUUGCACAUUUGGUUUGUGACCUCUAAGAGUGCUAUUUUCUGUCUCCUGGGAAGAGAUGGAAAUCUUACCAUAGCACACCUCAACAUGGAGACACAAGCUGUGACAUACCAUCCCUUGGGUAAAGCUCUGUAUGUGGACUGUGCACCAGAUGAAGCAUGCCUAGUGAUCACAGGUAAAGGGCUUUCUCUAGUGCAGUUUGCUGCGUCACAGGAUGAGUUUUUGAGUAGACUAAUGAUUCACGGCAAUGCAAGUAGUGCAGACAUUUUGUGCCACCUAAACAACUGGGGGCGCUGCUCAGUACCUAUCCACACGCUAGAGGCUGGCCUAGAGAACAGGCAAUUGGACACUGUUGAUUUUUUCUUGAAGAGCAAAGAAAAUAUCCUAAAUCCUUUGAUUCCUGGGGAUACUGGAGCUACUAUUCAAUCAGAGCAAUACUUACACCUUAUUCAUGGUCUUCUCCCAGCUCUUGACUUGCUCUUCUCCUAUAUCCGACACACUUCCAAAGAGACACAAAGCAAACAUUUCUCAGAGCAAUUGUUGAAGUUCACUCUUGGCUUCCUUAAUGGACAGUUACGCAACGUCUGCACCUAUGUGCCUGUGCCAGACUCCGCAAUUGAAGAAUGUAUCUGCAUUUUCACUGGCUUCAUCACCGCAUUGAGACCCUUCAUGAGAAAGUCCGUGCAGGCAUCAAAGUCGGUGGUGGUUGCCCACGACAUAGUGGUGAAUAAAACAUGGGAGAACUGUUCUUUACAGCAAAUUAUCUCUGAUGCUAUCUUGACAAACCGCAUUCCAGAAGCUCAGGCAUUUCUUCGUGUUCAAGGUCAAACCUCAUCCAGCCUGGAAUGGCUUAAACAAGAAGGCUUGAAACUGGUGUUCAGAUGCCUGCAGGAGAACCGUGUGGAAGAGGCAUGUCAGCUUCUCCAGAAUAUGGGAUAUUCCACAUGGCACGAGCUUCAACGCAUCUGUAUGCAUACAUCAGAUCGCAAUAUUCGGAAUCUGCUGGUUGACCUCUUGCAGAGAGAGGGGCAAAUUUCAGAGAAACAACAGGAACAGAUCCAGACUGUGCUUCGCGUCGAAGAGCUCUUCUAUGACCCCGAUGACAGUGCAGGAGCGGGGCAGAGUGUAGUGAAUGUGAGGCAAGUAUGGAAGAACCGCACCGGGGCUCCUGAAUCUGCUGUUCUAGAAGAGGUUCUUACGGCUGAAGAUAAUGAACCAAAGACUUUGCGUCUGCACUGGGCUGAAGGCUGGGACAAGGAUACCCAAGAAGCAAUCCUUCUUGAAAAGCAGAAUGAUGGGGAUCUCUCAAUCUUUCAACCCCAUGUUGUCUGGAGACGCCAAACUUUGUGGCAUUCGUGGCCAUCAAUUUGCUCCUGGAUUGAGGAAACUGGAUUAGGUGCAGAAGCUGGUGGCCCCAAUGUCUCCCAAUGGCCAUGUCUUACCGCAGAUAUAGUGGAUGAGAACACUCUGUGCUGUGGCUACAUGAAACAGAAAAUCCUAGACAAACUAUUGAGCGUGGGGAUCAUUGUCCCCUCUGAAAUGACAGAUUUCGAUUGUCUGUUGGAGCGACUGGCAUUUGGCAAAAAACUAAUGUCAGCUGCUGAAUCUGACAAUUCACAGUUUUUCAUUGACAAAAUGGAUUUCCACACCCGCUUUAUAGAGAUGUGUGCUAUGCAUGGCCUGCAGUAUCUCCUGUACACCUACCUUGAUUACCACAGACUGAAUCCUCAAAUUUGUCCUGUUCUGGCCAGUCCGGCUCUUCAUGAGAGUCUGCCCUGGUUUGAGUUUCUCGUUCAGAUCCGAGGAAUUCAAGAUAACCCAGAUGAUCACAGCCAGAUAUUCCAUGCCAGCCUGGCUAAUGCCCACAUGGUGAUGCCUGGGUCCCAGCCCAGUGUGAGCAGUAUGCUGCUGGAAGGGCACACACUGCUGGCCCUUGCGACCAAUAUGUAUGCCCCUGGUGGCAUUGACAGGAUAGUGGAGCAGUGUGAGGAACCAACCCCAUCUUCCAGGAAUGUAGAUCCCCAGUUACUGAAGAUGGCUCUGGCUCCAUAUCCAAAGCUUCGAGCUGCUUUAUUCUCCCAGCACCCGGCCCCUGGAUCCCCUUCCCAAGUCUCCCUCUAUCAUCUCCUGCAGGCACUCGCUCCCUUCAGCCCAACGUGUUUCUUCACUUGGCAGGAAACAAACACAUUAGCAGCUACAGAUGCUCCCAAAGAGCUCUCUCACUUCUCCUGCCCUCGACUUGUCAAUAAGCUGUCAGUGGCAGAGCAGCUUGAUGUCUACUACUAUCUACGUAGUGGGCGCCCCACAGUUGCUUUUGCCACUUUCUUGAUGCAGCAGCUUAUAAGGAGCACCGAACCCCAACAACUGAUUCAGCAGAUGUCAGAGGAUGUUUAUAGAUUGGCAUUGUCCUGGUUCAAUGUACCGUCUGUGGUUGCCUCCUGCGUUUGCUUUAUGGAGUUACUGGGACUCCGUAGUCACCGGCUUCGUGUGGAUGUGAAUGUUGGAAAUUUAUUAUUGAUUAAUACAAACUCUAAGCAUGAUGGAUCGGGGCAAAACUUUCAAGCAGAGCAUAUAGCCCAAAAACUAUCCAACCUACUGAACAAUGAGACUGAAGCUGCCGGUGAGAUUUCACUUCUUUUAGAAGAAGCCAUGAGUUCAACUCUGGAGAAAGAAUGGGAGGCCAACCCCAAUUUCUCAAAUACGCAGUGGUCCACUCUUGUGCAGUUUUGCCUCCUCCACUCUGUCCCUUUAAGCUCCAGAUAUUUGAGAAAUUGUGCACAGAGACAGGACUGGCUGCAGCUUCUGGUUCAUACAAACUCGCUUCAACAGAUAUCCUGUGUUUUAGAGAACCUAAGCCCAGCUCUGGGCGCUCACAUUGCUCUGGCAUUGCAAGGCAUGGCCUCAGACUCACAGGCCCCACACAUUUUCCCAGCAGAGAGCAGUGAGCCAAGCACAGUUGAUGUAUUUCAGGUUCUACUUCGGUGCCAAAAGAGCGAAAGACCAGGAUUUCUGCUUUUAAAGGAAAGUAUGAGGUGCAGUGCUCCAUUGCUGAGUGUGCUUGCUGCAUGCACACAGGACGGCACUGACCUCAUCUCUUGUCUCUGCGUGUGGGUUCUUACUUCUGUGGGUCCUACUACUUGUGCACUGAUAACGAGCUCACUGUCAUCCGCUGAAGAUCAUACAUGGAGUUUACAAGAUCUGAUACUGAUUUGGAACACCUUGCUGGAAAGAAAGAUGACAAGAGUCUUGCAUCGAGCAUUCAGCAUUUUUAUGGAGGACAGCCCCCUGCUGCUCCUGCUUGACUUGUAUGAGCUGUGUCUGCAACAGAAGAAUUAUCUAGAUGCCAAACAAAAACUGCAAGAUUUUCUGGCCCAUCUGCUAGCACUCCAGUCUGCCGAUGCCUCCCACUCUUUUCUGUUACCAAUUUCCUGGAUUCAGGACCGGGCUUCUGAGAUUGUUAAUCUUUUACUCUUGCAAAGUCGAACCCCAUAUGAACAGAGGAACAUUCUUCAGCUUUUGUGUGACUGUGACAGCCGGCAGUUUUGUGAACGGCUGGAGAUCCACAAGCUAAAUGCUCUCACUCAAAUUCUACUAGACCACCCUGUCUGUAUUAGUAAGGAGCUGCUUAGUGACUAUAGCCCUGGAGGUCUCCAGAGGGAGUGUCAACAUCUGCUGGACAAACUAUUGGGUGAAAAACAUUUCCUUAUUGCGCAGAAGGUAGCUGAACUGGCAGGACUGCCUACUGACUGCCUGGUGAAAGAAGAGGUUUUGCAGGACAAACUCAUCCUGCAAGAAAUUGGACAAUGGGCAUGUCCACAGAGCCGUUUACAGUUUUGGAAAAAAUGUCAUGAGAUGUUCUUCACCAACCAGCUGUCCCCAACCGUAGCAUCCAACUUCUUUCGAGAGGCAGCUAUUGCAGCUGUUGAGGAAGAACAAACCAUUCUUUUGGCAGAGGAGGAGCUAUUGCACACACUUGCAGGACAUUGGCUGUCUCUUGAUGAUAGCCCUCCAGUAGCCGCACUAGAAGAAAUGGAGCAGAUGAUCUGGAAGUGUCGCAUUGAGCGGGAGGUUUUGAGUAAGGCUGCAGAAAUGAGAGCACAUGGCAUUGUGUCCUCUUUCACUCGUCUGGCUGCACAGUUUUCCUUUGCCGGUCUCCCACUACUCCACUCCCCAUCACUUCUCGAAAUCUCUUCUCUUCCACCACUCAAUGUGAGCAGCACCUUGGACUCUGACCACACUAGGGCAUUGAGCACCUUAAUAGACCACCUCCUUGAUGACAGCUGCAUACAUGAGGCCAGCCGUAUAUGCAGAUACUAUCAGAUGCCCCAUCGCAAUCUUUGGCUAGUGCUGAAUUGCAGGACACUUGCAACAGGAGAGACUACAAAGGAUCAGAUGCAUCCUGAUAUCCAGACAAUCCUCACCGAAGGACUAGAAAUGGAAGAGUAUGCAUGGAAACGGAGGAAGAGGCUACAGAGCUUGCCUAGCAUCGAAACUCCUCCAUCUCCUAAACAACAUGAUCCUGUGCUCAAAUACCUGGAGAUCCUCAAAGAUACCUGCACUCAUGGGAAAACAUUCUGUCGGCAGCUGCUCUGUGUGUAUGAACUUAGCCAGGAUCUUGGAUGUUCUUUCUCUGAUCUCUCCUCUCGAGAUGCGAGCGACAUUCUCCGCUCCCUUAUUUCCUGUCACCGCGAUGACCUUAGUGAGAGAGCGCACGCAGUCAUCACUUCACACCGGCUGUCUGCAGCUACUGUAGCAAAUAUUGUGACGGAGGAGGGACGGAGAAUGUGGCAGGAACUGGACAAAGAUAUAGGCCAGGCUGAAGUACAUAAUCUGUCUGAGACACGGAAACAGUUCUUACAGCUUGCCAAACUAUGCCCUGACCCUACCUUGGUGGGAUUAACUCUUCUUGACAAUCUGGAGAUGGUUCCUCUAACAGAGUCACAAUGCAUUAUUGAACUACUGAUCGCUGCUCACGAAUGCUUCACUUUAACAUGUCACCUGGAGGGCAUUCGACGUGUGCUUCAUGCAUGCCGCUACCUGAUCGAGAUGCACUUAGCUCCUAACAAAGAGUACAGUCUUAUGGUGCGGCUCCUCUCUGGCAUUGGUCGCUAUAACGACAUGGUUUACGUAUUUGAUAUUUUGCACAAAAACCAACACUUUGAAGUUUUGCUGCGGAAACAUCUGGACACGAAAGGAGGGCUACAGACUGCACUGGUGGAAUACAUUAAGCGUUGUCAUCCUGGAGACAGUGAGAAGCACAAUAUGACAGCCCUGUGCUUCAGCAUGCAUCGUGACAUUGGCCGCAACCACGAGCAUGCUGCUCUUAUUCAACUUAAACUCAUCCAGUCCCAGCCCUGGGAAUACUGGAUGACUGAAGUAGUGGAACUAAAAUCUUCAUUAAUGAAAGCACUGACUCUACUCAUUGAUGCUGCUGAGAGCUACUCAAAGGAUUCUUGUGUCCGCCAGUCCCUGCGCUGUGCACGUCUCACCCGUCUUCUGACUUUGCAAAUUCAUUUGCUGAAUGGUGGCCAUCAAACCAGACUUAUCAACUUGGAAAGAGAGAGUUUGAUGGCGCCGAUACUGGCACUGCCACGUUUCUAUCAGGCUGUUAUUGUCACAGAAGCCUACGACCAGCAGCCAGACUGGGCAGAGGCUUUGUAUCACAAAGUAAUUGUAGGAGGCGACUUUCAGUAUUUUGAAGAAUUCAAACAGCGACAGGUGGUCCAGAGCGGAUUGUUUGAAAAUAUAUCCAACAAAUGUAAGCUGCAUCCUCCAGGAGCGACUGGGGUUCAGAAUCUGAAGAAACUGAUUGAUUACUGUGAGGAUACCUACACAAGAUACAAACUGGCCUUCGAAAACGAGUUCUUUGAUACAACGGACACUUUGAUGAAAGACUCACAGACACGAUGCUGUCUGACUGAUAUGCUCUCUAGGUAGGGUAACCUUGACAAUCUCACUCAAAGGACAAGGUGAAAUUGUGCUAUGGAUGUCAGUCAUUGUUAUUUCCCCCCCCCCCAUCCUCCCAUACCUGCACUAUUUGUAAAAUUGUUAAACUUAUUAAAUACAUUUUGAUAACAUUGUCUAA